UCAGUAGAAAUGGACAGCAGCACUUUCAUUCAGUUUGAUGUGCCUGAGUACAGCAACACUGUUCUGAGCCAAUUAAAUGAGCUUCGUCUGCAAGGGAAGCUAUGUGACAUAAUUGUGCAUAUUCAGGGUCAGCCAUUUAGAGCCCAUAAAGCUGUUCUAGCUGCCAGUUCUCCAUAUUUCCGUGAUCAUUCAGCAUUAAGCACCAUGAGUGGCUUAUCAAUAUCAGUUAUUAAAAACCCUAAUGUCUUUGAACAGUUACUUUCAUUUUGUUACACUGGAAGGAUGUCCUUGCAGCUGAAGGAUGUUGUUAGUUUUCUAACUGCAGCUAGCUUUCUACAGAUGCAGUGCGUCAUUGACAAGUGCACACAGAUAUUGGAGAGUAUCCAUUCAAAGAUCAGUGUUGGUGAUGUUGACUCUGUCACUGUUGGUGCUGAAGAGACUCAAGAAAGCCACAAUGGAGUAAAAGAUAGCAGCUACUUUGCCAAUCCUGUCGAAAUAUCUCCUCCUUAUUGCUCUCAGGUGCCACAACCAACAGCGGGUAGUGAUCUAAGGAUGGAAACUACUACAGGGAAAACUUUACGCAGUCGUCUGCACGAAGAAGGGCACUCAGAUCGAGGAAGCAGUGGAAGUGUCUCUGAAUAUGAAAUCCAGAUUGAAGGUGAUCCUGAGCAAGGGGACCUGAUAGUAAGGGAGAGCCAGAUUGCAGAGGUGAAGGUUAAAAUGGAAAAAUCUGACCGGCCAAGUUGUUCUGAUAGCUCCUCACUUGGUGAUGAUGGAUACCAUACUGAAAUGGUUGAUGGAGAGCAAGUGGUUGCAGUAAAUGUAGGCUCCUAUGGAUCUGUAUUACAACAUGUUUAUUCAUUUUCCCAUGCCUCAUCCCAGGCUACUAGCAUGUCUGAAACCUUUGGAAGCCUGAGCAAUUCAAGUCCUUCGAGGUCCAUGCUUAGUUGUUUCAGAGGAGGUCGUGCACGCCAAAAACGGGUAUCCGCUGGUCACUUACAUAGUGAUGUUCAGGGCUUAAUGCAAGGGGCUGAUGGUGAAACCAUAGUGAGUAACCCAGGAUAUGAAAGCAGUCCACGGGAAAGAAAUGCAAGAGGUCAUUGGUAUCCAUACAAUGAGAGGUUAAUUUGUAUUUACUGUGGAAAGUCUUUCAACCAGAAAGGGAGCCUUGAUCGACACAUGCGAUUACACAUGGGAAUUACCCCUUUUGUGUGCAAGUUUUGUGGGAAGAAAUACACACGCAAGGACCAACUUGAGUAUCAUAUUCGUGGCCACACGGAUGAUAAACCCUUCCGCUGUGAGAUCUGUGGGAAAUGUUUUCCUUUCCAAGGGACGCUAAAUCAGCAUUUAAGAAAAAAUCACCCUGGGGUAGCAGAAGUAAGAAACAGGAUAGAAUCUCCAGAAAGAACAGAAGCAUUUCUUGAACAGAAAAUAGAUAAUGACACUUCAGCCUCUGAAGCUGUGGAUUCUAGUAUGGAAAUUCACACAAUGUCUAACACACCUGAUUAA